ACAAAUUACGGAAACGGAUUUCCUGUGUGUUUUGGUUUAUUUUAAGGUCAUGAAAAUUACAGACAAUAUGCAGACAGACAUGGAAAACCUUGACGAACAUCCAGAUAUAGAUAAAUUAGAUCUGGAAGGAAAUGAUGGAUCAUGUGAGAGUGAAAUUGAUCGGUUAGAGUUGUAUUCGCCGGGCUUAGAUUCCCCAACUGAAAGAGGUGUAGCCAAAACUAAGAAAGAAGAGGAUUUAAUUCUGAAAAUUAUAAAACAGACAAAGGCACUUGGCUCUAAUACACUAGAAUUAUGUGAUAAAGGACUGUUACAAAUUCCCCGUGAAUUGUUAGAACUGAAUAACCUUGAGUACCUGUACUUGGAGGGAAAUGAAUUGACAAGUCUUCCUGAUGACUUCUUUGACUGCUUGCCAAGACUAACCUGGCUUGACCUCAGAAAGAACAAACUUUUACGAUUACCAAGUGUAUACACUGGCAGGCAUAAUCACCUUCGGACACUUCUCUUAGAAGGAAACAAACUUCGAAGUCUUCCACUUGAAUUAGGUUUAAUAAAGAGUUUAAAUGGUCUGAAUAUCAGCAAUAAUCCCAUUGAAUUUCCCCCGAAAGACAUUAUGGAGAAAGGCACUACUGAAAUUUUGAAGUUUCUCAGGGAAAUGCUCCAAGCCAAGUCAUCAGGACAACUCCUGAAUGGUUCCCCUGGCAACGCAAGCAGUAGUAGUAGUUCUGAUGACUGGGAUGACGGCGAUGAUCUCCAGGACUACGCCAAGCGCCGGCAGAGAACUCUGGCUCUAGAGGAUGCUAAAAGCACCACCACAAAAUCUUCUGACCCAUUCGGACCAGUGCCACAGCCGGUGGCACUUCAUCAACCGGUCAGCUACACCGACAAAAAACAGGAAAAGGCUGAGAAAGUUCGCAGGGCAGGGGCAUCGGGCACAGUUGAAAGUUUUCGACAUAUGCUUGAGUGUGGAAGGAGAGCUUCACUCCAUCAGGUGUCUUUGAACAAACCUAGCUGCAGUCGUAAAAAAUCAGCUAGCAGUGUGUUGAAUUGGCGAGUGAAUCCAUACCCUGAACCUCCUCCUGAAGAAUACGCCAACUUCAAAAUGACAGAGGAGCGAAAACUUGCCAAGGUCAAGGAACACAAACAGAAAACAGAAGCCAUUAUACAAAGGAGAAAGGACAAUGAAGCAUUAAAAGACUGGAGAGUGAAAUCAAAAAAGAUGCAGCAGAAGAAACAUUAUGAAAGCAUGAUGAAAGGAACGAAAGAUUAUGUUGAUGCUGUGGAGAAAGCCCCUUUUGAUAUUGACAAAAAUCACAUGAAGAUUCCAACCAAUGAGGAGAGAAUUAAGGAAGACGUAAAGAAUGCCCAUGAGAAGGUUAGGCGAGCUCUGUCACCAUCCACUCGUCAGCGCAUAGAGGAAGAGAAGACUGCAAGGAUACGGGAGUUAGAGAGGAGAAUAAAACAGCACACAUCACAGAUGCAUGACAGAAGAAAACUCCCUAAGGGUACCCCACAGGAAGAAAUGGAGGCUGCCAGAAGGGAGCUAGAAAUUGCUGAGGAUUUGCACAAAGAAUUGAUGUCCACAAGGAAGAACUUGGAGUACCGGUUUAAAGCAUUUACAGGAGAUCUCAGCUCUGGUCAGAUGUACAGAAGAAAUCGUGUCCCGAAAAUCUAGUCAUUGUUUACCAGUGUAGAAUUAAAAACUCAAGGAUAGUGAUGAAAAGUGCUUAAAUGGGUUAGCAUUGUAUGUGAAAACUCUGGCCAAUAAGGUUCAUACUGCAGUUGUUCUAUGAAAGGUGCUAAUGGUAAAAAUUGCUGAUGUUAGAUAAAUUAAUAUUCCUUAAUUCAUAUUCCAUAAUUCACGAAAAAAAAAUCGUAAUAUCACAUGAUAACUGAUGAUGGAUGAUUUGAAAUGAGUAACUGUUGCUCAGUAAAUUUUACUAUGUUUCUAUUGGCACUGAUGCAUUGCAGGUUACCUAAAGAUGCACAUUCAUGCUGCCUGCAGCUGCAGCAUGGGCACCAGUUUAUUUUAUUAUUUUUUUUUUUGGACUUUAUGAACUUAUAUAACGGUAUAUGUAUUUACUUUUGUUUGAUCAACAUAUAUUUC